AUGGCGGACCUCCAGGCCAGGGUGCAGGAGUUCGUGAACCCCGAGCUGCCUGGAGAGGUGCACAAUGCAGCAUUGACAGAGAUCCUCGAUGCUGUGCGCCAGGAACGGCUGAGCGUUCCGCAGCUGGUGGGCAGUUUGGCGGAGCAGCUGACGACCGAGGACAAUGGGAUCCGCGCGCGGGCAUGCCAGCUGUUGGCGGGGGUGAUCAAAGGCAUUCCAGACGUACCACUCCAGGACACCGCCAUACACAGCCUGGCAGAGUUCUUCGCCUCCCGCCUCGCCGACUUCCCCUCCCUCCGGGGGGCGCUCACAGGUUCCCUGGCCCUGCUCAAGCGCACCCCGGAAGUGGGAGCGCUUCACCCAACCGAUGCCGUCGAGAUCGCCAAGGCCGUUCUGAACAGCGUGCACGUGCAAUCCCUCACCGCCGUCGACCGCCUGCUCAGCUUUGAGGUCCUCGAAACCCUUAUAGAGUCACACCCGUCUGCCGUUCUGGCCCUGGAGGGUGACUUUCUAGACGGCCUUGUCGCAGCAAUCGACGGCGAGAAGGACCCCCGCUGCUUGUUGCUGGCGUUCAGGCUCGUCGAGAUCGCGCCGAAGGUGUUCGUAACGGGGCAGAGCGCUGUGCUAGCGGAGGCUGCGGAGGAACUGUUUGAGGUCAUUGCGGUGUACUUUCCGGUGUCAUUCAACCCGCCCCCGAACGACACCCGGGGCAUCUCCAGAGAGGACCUGGUAGUGGCUCUGGAGAGAGCUUUAGCAGCGACCCCCCUCUUCGCGCCAUACUCCCUCCCCCUCUUCAUCGAGAAGCUGGGCUCCAGUCUCACGUCCGCCAAGCUCGACUCCCUGCGCGCAUUGCGAGCUUGCGCGCAGUCCUACGGAAGUGCGAUCGCCUCCCAGACAGGGCCUCUCUGGACCGCACUCAAAAAUGAGCUUUUGCCCCUGAGCGUGGAGGCAUCAUCGGCCGGAGAAGUGGGCCCUGUUCCGGAGCGGAGCGCGGAAGUGGGGGACGCCGCGGUGGAAGCUUUGACACAAUGCGUGAGGGCGCUGGAGGGCGUGGGUAGGGGGGCACCGGCGGUGUCAAACCCGCUAGUGAGAUCUGUCCUGGAAGACCCGACCCUGGGGGACCUCUUUAUUGCGGCCACAGGCGAGACUAGCAUCCCGCUAACCAAACUCCUUAACCAUGGCGGUCAAUCCACACAUUCUCAGACCGAUCCUCACUUGGACGAAAGCCAACCAAGGCCGGUGUUACACCAGACUGUCUCCCAAGCGCUCAGCGCAGCACCGCACGACUCAGAAGGCCAGGCCAGGAGAAGGGAGGCCGUCGAGCGGUGGAGCGGUGUCCUCUCUGCGGUGGCGACAGCUGGCGCUGGGCCGUGCCGCCAGGUGGCGGAAGCAGUGAUGGCGAGAGUGACUUCAGCCGGGAGCGUGGGGUACACCGGGCUGCGGCUUCUCUCGAAACUGGCAGGCGCCGCACGCACGCUGGUGUGGACCGGUCAAGGUGACGUCAGCAGAGGGUUCGAGGGAGGAACGGGGCGAGAACUAGAUGCGGAGGAAGUUCUGGGCGGGAAAGCGGAGGCGCUGGGGGAGAUCUUCUCGGGGGUCGUGAGGGCAUGGCAAGCGGAAGGGGGAGUGCCAGAUGGGGAACUCAACGACCUGGCGACCCUGGCUGUUGACGGCUUAGAAGCGCUCGCCUCCCUCCCCCCUCCGCUUUCACAAGCCGAGUCCAACCCCCUGCGCCAAAAUUGCAUCUCCGUCUUGGUCUCCGUCCUCUUUUCCCCCGGCUCAGAUCCCCACACCCCGAACCCCCUCCAGCAGAAAGCCCUUCAAGCCUUAGCUUCCAUAAGCCGGGGGCCGCCGUCCAAAGAACCGCCCGGAACUGCUGAACCCAAUACCGGAGUGACACGUGGCGAGGUGGGCGACAGCUGGCAUGGCGCCCGGCAGGUGUGGGCGGCCGUGAGCGAGCGCUUGCUGCAAGGUUCGGCUUCCCAAGGCUUUUCGCUGCAGAUCUUCGCGACUCUCGCGGAGUCCUCGGGGGUAAUCAACCGGGAGGUUUUGCAAGCGCUCGAAAGGCAGUUGGACCGGCUGUGGGGGGCGGUCGGUGGGUCGGUGGAGAGCGAGAGCGAAGCAGUGGAGGUGCUGCGGCUGCUGGCUCGCGAGAUCCUUCCAAAGUUUGGUUCGGACGAAUCGGACCAAGAGCUCGUCCUCCAUUUCGUCCACGCGUUACUCGAGCGCCUUGCCACGUGGCCGUCCCCCCGCCGUCCGAACGACGGUCUUUUGGCGGCAGCGCUCGGGGCGCUGUGCGUCGCCAUGCGAAUCUGUACCGAGGCCAAUCAAGCGGCGCUAUUGCAGAAGGCCGCAGGAGGGUUCUUCCAGGCUUUAGAAGGAGACGGGGUCUGGCGGUCGGGCCCCGUUCUCGCCAUCCUCGUCGCCCUCCGCCCCAGCGUCUCCGCCGAAGCAGGCCAACCCCGCGUUCUACAGGGCCUCCUGAGCCUGGCCCUCCAGUCUUCGGACGCUCUCAUCGCGGACGCAGCGUCCGUCGCUCUGGCUUCGCUCCUCAAAAAGUGGCCGGCCCAAAGCGUUCGCCACGUGGCAGCUCAGGAGACAUCCUUGUCCGCUUUCCACGCCGGUGGGGCAAGUGACCAGUUGGACCAGGGGGGGGGAACAGAAGCCGAGCCGGAAGGGAGGUUUGAAAAUGUCAGCACUCGGCCCUAUUCGGAGGAAGCAAAUUCACCGCACGAGACACGCUUACCGGCAACCAGCACGCCUUCUGACACCGCCUUAAGAACCCAAACCCUCGGCCAGCCUUUCGUGCCUUUCGGUGUGUCAACCCCUCCUCACGGACAGCCUGCAGCCCGGAUGACGCCAUCCCCCGUGACCCCAGCGUCCACUCAGGCGCUGCCAAGUGUCAGCCCGCCAAGUUCUGCGGCCACUUCAGAUUACUCCCCGGCGAUCUUCCUCGACUCCUCCCCUCAAAGCGUGCUCUUUGACACCACCCCAGUGUCGAUUCUGCAACCCGGUUUCUCCCCGGCCGGGGGGCUACCGGGGCCCUCUCCUGACCCCCCCGGAACGACGGCCGUUUUCCGAGCGCCGUCACCUGGAGACAUCCCGCCGCGGGCGAGGCGGGUCGCGCAGAGGCUCGAUUUGUCGCGCCUGGGGGGCGCGGUCGCUGCUUCGAACACCGCCCCUCGAGGACCCGAGCCAACCAACCCCCCAGAACGGUCGCCCCAGAAAUUGGCUGGCGGGGACGGAAGUCUCGAUCUGGAGAGUGCGCUUAGAGUAGUUCUUGACGAGAGGUUACUUCCGCUGUUACCGGAAUCUACCACGGAAACGGGACAGAAGGGGUUGGAAGCGCAGAUACGGGGUGUGCGAGUUUUGGCGGUUGUCGGUCAGGCGCUCGCAAUGCGCGGGCAUAAGCGGACGGGUGAUGUGGUCGGGGCUCUGGUUCAGCUCUUGUUCACACUGGGAAAGGCACACGGAACGGCCGGUGGUGUGAAUGCGUCCUCGGGGGGAAGUGGCAAAGCAGACGGGAGAGGCGGUCCGGGAGAGGGGGCAAGGAACGGAAUGCCACGUGUCAGCGCUGCAACGCUCUCUUCUUUCCAGCCUGAAGCACACACUUCCAGAAGCACGGGGGAAAGCCUCAGCCCAAGUGCCGGGUCACCCCAAGACGACCAGCCCAGUGCGUCGUACGAUUUAGCGGGCCUGGCGCAGCUUGCUGACGUGGCAGCCGAGGGCUUUGGCGUCAUCGCCGGAGAACGGCGCUCCUCAAAUCCGGCCGAAUCGAGCACGGACCUGAAUCUGAGCAAGGAGACGCACGCUCAGAUCAAGCCGCUGUAUCGGCAGCGGCUAUUCACCAUGAGCCUGGGGCCGUUUUCGGAGGCGGUUCGGAAGGCGAAGAAUCCGGAAGAGCGCCUUCCACUCUACCGCGGCCUGGCGCACCUCUUGAGGGGGACGCCACCGGCGGCGCUGGCGGUUGAGGCGGAAAAGGUCCUCCUACUACUGCUCGAGUCCCUUUCCGCCCUGGCCGCCUCUUCGGACGUCCGCGCCCCUCGCCCCGCGUCCGACGCCCCGCUCGUCUUGUCCGACCUCCUCACGCUGACGUCAUUCCUGACGGACGGCGGCCCUGCGCGCGAGCACGCGAGCGAGCACGUGCCCUCGAUUGUACGGACGCUCGUACGGCUGACGGCGUACGGACUGUCCGCGAGCGUCCGGGAGACGGCCCUCCAGGCGCUCGUGGCUGCGGCGGACCUGCCGUUCACAAGGGUGUAUCCGUUGCGGAACGAGGUGCACAAAGCGAUUUUGGGCGCCUUGGACGACCCAAAGCGUGCGGUCCGCAAGGAGGCCGUCCGCUGCCGGCGAGUCUGGACCGCGCUUGGCUCGUCCAAGAAGUAG